AUGAAAUAUUGGUUACAAACCCCAGAUGAAAUCCCUGAACGUCAUCAACUUACAUAUUUUCUUAAUAAGAUACCAAAUGUGAAAAUCCCUCUUUCCAAGGAAAAUUUCUCUUCAAUUCCAGUCAUUGGACCAUUUAGUAUAGACCCAACAGAGCGUGAUAAAUAUUUUGUAGAGAGCAAAUCAGAAAGUUGUACUGCAUUUUUUACUGGAUUAAUAUCAAGCUUAAUUGACACUCCUCCAACAGGAAAAACAGAAGAUUCAUUUCACUCCUUUUGGGAUGCUAUUAUUAGCAAGUCACUACAAGUAUUUGGAAAAUAUUCUAAUGAAAUGCCAGCAAUGGAUUUUGAUCGUAAUACCUCUAGAAACACAACAACAGGUCUAAAUCGACCAGAUUUUGUCUUAUUAAUGAGAAACAUUUGUGUUGUUCGUGGAGAAGAGAAAGGAGAAGGUGGAAGAGGAGAACCUGCUAGGGAAUUAAUUGAUAAAUUCAAUACUUGGGAUUAUGGAGACACUCCAUAUCUCUUUGGAUACUAUGCCAAUACCACUGCUGUUACCUUUUGUGUUCUUUAUAUUAAUGAAAAAGAACCUAUUAAUAUCAAUAGUCGAAAGAGAAAAUGCCCAGACGUUUGUAGUGAGAGACUUGCAGAAUUUGAUUUAAACAAAUUAACACAUAGAUUCAAGUUAAUGAAUUUAAUUAGGAAUAUUUGUCGCAUACUACCUAUGAUAAUUAACAUGUGUCCUUCAAAAGAAUUGCCAGAUUUUGAAACCAUAAUACGUGAUAAUGGAACUAAUAUCGAAAUUGGCUAUGAUAUUAAAAAAACAUUUCCCUCAGAAGCUAAAGUUAAACAUCUGGAAAAUUUUUAUGGGUUAAUGAGUAAUUACAAGAUCAAAUGUAUUGAUAAAUUAAUUCGUUCUCGUGAUAAUGUUGUUCACUUGAUGCCAAGGGGAAAAGAGAAGAAACCAAAAAAUCUUAAUGAAUUACUGAGAGCUAUAAUCUGUAUAUUAACCUGUUUAGAGGGCUUGCAUAAUAUAAAACCUAACCCAGUUAUGCAUAGAGAUAUACGAUGGCCGAAUGUUAUACAAUAUGAAGAUCAAUAUUUUUUGAUUGACUUUGAUUUUGCCAGCUUUUCUCCUUCAAAUGAGAAUUUACAGAACUUAAAUCCAGAUAAUCAUGCUCCUGAAAUGUUAAUAGGUGUACAUGAUGUAACAGUUGACAUUUGGGGUGUUGGAUACUUGAUUGUUUCAAGUGGUAUUAAUGAAUUGCCUGAAGAACUUUUAUCACUUUCACAAUCAAUGUGUCAAGAGAAUAUAAAUCUACGGCCAAAUGCAUUUGAUACACUUAAAGUUGUCAAAGGUUUUUUUGUGAAGUGGUUUCCUAAUGAUGGCUGGCUAAAUUGUUUUGAUAAUGAAUAA